CCAACUGAACAACUCUGUUGUGAUACACAGUCAGUCGCUUAAUUUAGUUCGAUUCGGUUCCGUUGCAGCAGUUUGAAACUGUGCGCGCGCGCAAACAACUACAAGUGCUUUUAGCCAAGGGUAUACCCCAGUACCAUUUAGCCCCUGAAACCGACAAUUAAGCAAAACAGAGCUGCACUUGUGAGCGCUUCUGUAUGUGUUCAAGUAUAUCGGUUCUUUUUGUAUUAAGCUGCUAAGCAAUAUACAUACAUACUUACCUAUAACCGAGGUACUACAUAGUGGUUGAUAAAUUAAUGUGAGAGGAAUCAUUGCGGCCUUUAAUUUAUCAUGCGGGCAGACAAGCAACCUUUCGCAGGUUUUUACUUAACGCUUCGCCAACAUUAACGUUAUACAAAAGUGCAGUUCGCCAUUCGUCGGUACAGUGAAACGGUGUUCGUUUGAAAUAUAAUCAUCUAUAUCUAAAUAGAAAACCUUUUGGAUGUGCUGACGGUAAUAAAUGGAACGAAAUUGCAGUCAAACUAGAGCACGUCGAUUCUCUAGGGUAAUGCCGUGCAAAUAAUCUAACGUUACCCGUAUGUGUGCAUGUGCUUAUGCGUAUGUGAAGAUAUAUAUAUACUUGUGUGUGUAGGAGAACAGCAAACAGUGAACAUCAUUAAGACUGCAACAUUUAGUACCACAUGUUGCCGCUGACAACCAACAUAGUUAAUAGCAAGAACAACAAUAAAAAGUAGCAUCAAUACAUGCAUUGCUAUAUAGAUAGUGAAUAGUACGGGAAACCUAACGGAAUAAUGCUGCAUUAAGCAAAAUGUUUCUGGCCCAAUCACAUAAACGCAAAGGCAAACAAACACCACCACAAAAACAACAAGUUGCCGUUGUCGCGGUUGCCACCUUCACAGUAACGGACACGCUUACGAGACUGCCAGCAAAAAGCUCCCCCCACGUCUCGCCAGAAGUCGUUGCUAAAGUCAAAACUGAGACCAGCGCUUCCAACAACACGGCCAACGUCGUCAGCACCGCCACCGCCACCAACAACACAAAUACCGCAUACGACGCCGCCGUUGCUAUUGCUGUCCCUUCGAAAGCGUUCAAGACGUAGUAGUAAAAUGGAACCCUCAUAUGAUCACGAACAACCACAUCAUCUGCUAACAAAUUACAACCAUAAAAAGUACCAGCCAUUCAUGUCACGUUUACCCGAAUACAGUCUCGCACACGAUCUACAGGAGCAAAGCAUGGUAAUCGCUGGUAGCGAUUCGUACAGUGUCCGGCAUGAUAGUGAACAUUCUUCGCCAAGCCUACAUUCACCGGCCAUACAUCAGUCCGCAUAUGAAGCCGAAAUCAUUGAUAGAAAUUUAUCACAAAGUGAAGCGAAUACGGUGUACCCUUCGUCCUUUCUUGCCACAACAUCGCCUCUGCUAAAUUCGAAUCUACCGCUACUCACAAAUAAUCAAGUCAUGUUAAACAAAUUUCUUAGUCAUCCCAAUAUGGUGGCUGUAAAUGUACCCGUACACGAUACCGAAGACUGUACAACGGGCGCCGAAACCCCGGUAUGGAACUAUACAGAUUACAAGGACGACAUUUGCAACGUAAAUUGCUCGUACUUGGAAAGGCAACAAAAAGUGAACGAUGCAAAAUUUCGUACGGGCGUCAAUGCCGCAAAAUGUGCCAAAGAGACCCGAAUACGUAGACCAAUGAACGCUUUUAUGGUGUGGGCGAAAAUCGAGCGGAAAAAACUAGCCGACGAAAAUCCAGACCUUCACAACGCAGAUCUUAGUAAAAUGCUAGGUAAAAAAUGGCGUUCCCUCACUCCACAAGACCGAAGGCCUUACGUAGAAGAAGCGGAACGUCUACGAGUGAUACACAUGACCGAAUAUCCCAACUACAAAUAUCGUCCACGUCGGAAGAAGCAAUCGAAAGUUCGAGCUGUACAACCAACCACAAAAGAACAUAAUAGCUCGUCCAAUCAAGGUGCCACUGCCAAUAAACCAAAUAUUGGCGCACAGAAAACGUCUAAUUCACCAGCAAUGAACCAAUCCUUUAACCAAUUGGUCGAAGAGAAUUCCACAACACGCUUCCAGACACAUCCGACAAAUUGCUCGAAUCAAACUAUUUACGAGCAAACAUUGCGCUCCAACUAUUCGCCAUCUACCACCGUCGAUUGUUGUAGUAAUUCCGACACAAUUGAGCACAUGGACGCCAUCAAUUGUCCACCGUCCAUAUGUACUAACGAAUCCCAAGCAACAAAUCUGCAAAAAUCAAACGCGAAGGGUGGUAGUCAUCUGGUUGGCAACAAAACAACAAAACCAAAUCGGAAUCAAUCGUCAAAUGCCCAAAAUUCCGACAAAGAUGUAGUGAAAUUGCCGAGAUACGGCAAAAUGGAGCCUAAAGUUCAACAGAGCUCUUUCGUAUCGUAUCCACUGACGUCCACACCAAAAGCCGUCAUUACCAAACGAGGCAUGUAUGUAACGUGCAACAGUAGCGGAUUACUGAAUCAUGGUUACUCAGUAAAAGGUACAUUUUAUCCACCAGUUUCUGGAUCCGACAACCCAUCGAUACGCAAUACCCACUCGGGGCAACCGUUAUCGAAUUGCGAUGUUGUUACUGCAUUUACCACCUCCACAGAAGGUACACUUAGCACUAAUUGUGCGCCGAGCUAUCAGUCCCUUUACUCACAGGAUUCGAGUAUCUCCACUGCAAGUACGCUCCAUCAAACAAUUGCCAACACAGCAGACAGCUUCGCAACGCUGCCCAGCUCCUAUGCGCCGAGCAUGCAUUUCGAUGAGUUCGCAAGGUACUCGGGUGUCGUAGAAAAUGAUUUCACUCAUGCAAUCUGCGACAAUGGGCUGGAACAGGGCAAAACUGAUGGCGAAAUGAAGUUCGCUAAAUAUCCAGAUACGAAUCAUAAUUACGACGACUUUGAAGCCUACAACAAUUCAUUGGUCAUCCCUGCUGCCGCUUCUAACUACUAUACUCAGUUGCCUUACACGCUAGCCGCCUCAAGUGCAUGUAAUCCGCCGACGUCAUUAGCAUUCCCCCUCCAGUUGGCAUUACCUUUACAGCAGCCAACCACUUCGGUAUACACUCCACAUCACCACCAUCACCACUCUCAUCAUCCGCAUCACCCGCCGCAAGUGCACAGCCAACAGCUGCAGAAUGGUUACCCUUCUUAUAACCACUUUAUCACCACCACAAACACCACUGGAGCCGUUCUCCCCACCAGCACACCAUUAAUGUCGAUCAGUGCACAGAACAGUGUCAUCGGCGCCAUGGCCACACCCAUGCAACAGUCACCAAUUGCACCGUAUACACGAAAUGCUCCAGGAAGUGCUGCGACCAUUGCAAAUGCCGACAGGAUAUUCGACGCACGAAAAGACGACGAGAUUAGUAACAUACUGGCUGGAGUGAGGAAGACCUGCUACAGCAAUUGACAGAACCCUAACACCUCGUGGCGAAUUUCGAAUAUUAUUUGUGUGGGAAAACUUUGUUGAAUCUAUGUGCAUAUUUUGAAUAAAUUUUGUUGAGAGACCUGCCUUGCCGGUUAUGCCAUAUCCGUCAGUUUUAAAUUUUCACUUUGGAAUAUAGCCAUAACCAUAACCAUAGCCACAUUUCACUAGUAAGAGAUCUAAGCACCCUUAUAUCGUUAUCUAACCAGCAGAAAGGGCGGAAUAGAAUGGUAAUGCUCAAUUGAAUAAUGUUUGUGUCCAAAUACUUCAAAAUUUGCGUUACAAUGUGUUGAAUUAUGUUGAAAUUGUUUAUACUAAUUUGUGGUAUAAGUAAAUGUUUUCGACGAGGUAAAUAUAAUUUUUUCCAUAAUUUCAGUAGAGCAAUAUUAACACAAAACAAUAAUUUACUUUAUAAGUAUCUUUCUUUUUAACCAAGUACAUUACACACUUUUUAGGGGGUUACAAGCAUUUCUGAUAGCACUCAAGCUUGUCCAAUUGGUGAUUUUAGGGCGUUAGUUGGACCACUCCAAACCAUAACCAUUUACCCGGAAUUUUAAAAAGACAAUAUUGGGUAUUAUAUAUAUGGAAAAAGCAAAAAUUAAUGACCAACUAAUUGACAAAGUCAUAGUAAAUAUCAUUACGAAGAAUAGGUAACGGUAUAGUACGGUUAACUGCGAAACACAUUUGAAGAUAUAAAAAAACGAAUUGUGUAAAGAGUUUCUUGACACUAACAAAAUUGAAUGAUAUAUAUAUAUAUAUUUUUUUUUUUUAUUGUUCUUUGUUUUUGCAUGGCUUUUGCACUGUUGUAUCAAUUAUCUUUAAAUGUUGUAUGUAACCAUCAUUGAUAAAAUAUCAAAUGUUAAACUCAAGUAAAUAGUAAUAAAUUUUGCUGCGCAAAGUUAAAAAAGUGUAUUUAUUUUCAAUGUGUAAACUCAUUCUUGACAAAAAGUAUUUAGCAAAAUACACUUGGCUAUAGAAAUUUUAAUAUUAUUUAACUUCAAAACUUGCGAACUAGCGUGGAUACAAUUUUGACUUUUUUUAAAGUACUUUUUUUACAAGAGAAUUUUAUGUUUUAUUCCGCCCGAACGUAGCCCUUCCUACAACUUGAACAUACAUAGAUAUGUUGGUUAUGUGGUUAUAUCAAUUUCCGGCCAGAAGAGUUAUUUCUUUCACAUGCAGUCACAGGCGACAUAUUUCUAUGGCUACGUGAAGAGCUUUCGUACAACAUAUUUUAGCUUAAUAAUUCAUAAAUGGUUAUAAAAGCUUUAGAAUAAAUAUUACAGAUACAUUUUAUUGUAUGACAUAAUAAAAAAGUAAAAGUUUUUUACAACAUAUACUUGAAUUUCAUAGGAAUUAUUAAUUCAGUCUAAAAUGU